GCGCUUUAGAAACAAGCAUCGUUGUUACUCACUACGUUGAGCAACAGUAUAAAUAAGAAACUGGAAAUGAAGAUUAUAAAUGAAUGAAGUAACUCAAAUUAUGGAAAAGAAUAUUCAUUACACCUGUUCAUUCGAUGUUUCGAGUAUAGGACAUAUAUAUAUGAUAUAGUAAAUGAUUAUGACACGUUAAACGAAAAAUCACAGUAUUAUCAAGGAACAACGUCAGUGACAAUAGGCAGCCAUUUUGGUUUCUGAUGCGCGAAUGCCGCUGGACAUUAUCGUCGGACAGUGUCUGUCUGUCGUGGGAUAGGGUAGACAACUGUGGACGUUUAACUAUGUCCAUAAUUUUUUUUCGCAGUUGAUUAACCCCUCCCUGUUCGUGAAUCAAAGUUUCGUACGGUACGUAUCGUUAAUAGUAGAAAGUCAAGUUAGAAGAAAAUAUCUGGAAUGCAACAACGUAUAUACAAACCGAUACAGGCCGAUAUGCCAGGUGCACGACAGACUAUGCAAAAGUGAGUGAGGGCGCCCAACUCGCGCGCCCUGGGAGGCGAGGCAUUUGUCGCCGUAUUUGUUGUACGACUUGCGUGUAAAAGGUGGGCGACACGACGACGGUACACAUACGACGCGCCUUCGUGCCGUCUUCUUACGAUUCGUCGCUAAACGUCGCUCAAUUUCCGGACUCGGGUUACCUGAAAACGACAUCCUUUGACUGGUACUGUUUGACAGCUAGAAAACUAACCCUUGGUUCGAUGCCCUUCAGUGCGAACGAUCUUUUAUAUAACCGGUUUACACAUUUUACAAUAUGCUGUCGACUUGUGCGAACGUGCGACCGCGACGCGUUUUUAUAGCACGUGAAUUUCUGGUCGAAUGACAUUCAAAAACUAGGAAGAAAACGGUUCUUGUUGUGUGCUCGUCUAUACUUCAUUUACAUUAUUGAAGUUCAUCAUAUACCUUUGAAAACAUUGCCGAGAACCAUGAAUGCUUCAGAACACGGGUUUAACCCAGCCUUUAAUAUGGCCUCCAUAAAGCAAGUGUUUAAUGAGGCAGUAGAAAGAGUUUCAACAGUUAGAAUGCCUGCACCAACACGGUUGAGAGACCUCAUCAGGCAAAUAAGAGCUGCCAGAACUGCAGCAGAAGAAAGGACAGUUGUGAAUAAGGAAUGUGCAUACAUUCGUUCAACAUUUAGAGAAGAAGAUAGUGUAUGGAGAUGUCGCAAUAUUGCAAAACUCUUAUACAUUCACAUGCUUGGAUAUCCAGCUCAUUUUGGCCAACUGGAAUGUUUAAAACUUAUUGCAUCUCCAAGGUUUACAGACAAAAGAAUUGGUUACUUGGGUGCAAUGUUACUUUUAGACGAGCGGCAGGAUGUUCAUCUCUUAAUUACAAAUUGUUUAAAAAACGAUUUAAAUAGUUCUACACAGUUUGUUAUUGGUUUAGCAUUGUGUACUUUGGGUGCAAUUGCAUCACCAGAAAUGGCAAGAGAUUUGGCAUCUGAAGUUGAAAGGCUGAUGAAAUCACCAAAUGCAUAUAUUCGAAAGAAAGCAGCACUUUGCGCAUUUAGAAUUAUUAGACGUGUACCAGAAUUGAUGGAAAUGUUUCUUCCUGCUACUCGUAGCUUAAUUACAGAAAAAAAUCAUGGUGUGUUAAUCACGGGUGUCACACUUAUUACAGAAAUGUGUGAGAACAGUGUUGAUACAUUGAAUCAUUUUAAAAAGGAAUGCGGCCAUCGAGAGAUUGUGCCAAAUCUUGUAAGGAUUCUUAAGAAUUUGAUCUUGGCUGGGUAUUCUCCGGAACAUGAUGUAUCUGGUGUAUCUGAUCCUUUUCUUCAAGUAAAAAUAUUGCGUCUUUUACGGAUUUUGGGUCGCAAUGAUAUCGAUGCAUCUGAAGCAAUGAAUGAUAUACUUGCACAAGUUGCAACAAAUACAGAAACUAGUAAAAAUGUUGGAAACACAAUACUGUAUGAAACUGUAUUAUCUAUUAUGGAUAUCAAGUCAGAAAGUGGACUUAGAGUAUUAGCAGUGAAUAUAUUAGGUCGAUUUUUAUUAAAUAACGAUAAAAAUAUUCGAUAUGUUGCUCUGAAUACAUUAUUGAAAACAGUUUAUGUAGAUACAAGCGCAGUGCAAAGACAUCGCUCAACGAUUCUGGAGUGUUUAAAAGAUCCAGAUGUAUCAAUUAGAAGACGAGCUAUGGAACUUAGUUUUGCACUUGUAAAUUCAAACAAUAUUAGAAAUAUGAUGAAAGAAUUGUUACUUUUCUUGGAACGUGCUGAUCCAGAAUUUAAAGCUCAAUGCAGUAGUAACAUAGUGAUGUCUGCAGAAAGAUUUGCACCUAAUAAGCGUUGGCAUCUCGAAACAUUAUUUAAAGUUCUGGUUGCUGCUGGUAAUUAUGUUCGGGAUGAUGUAGUUGCAUGCACCAUUCAGUUAAUUUCAGAAACACAAUCGCAGCAAAGUUAUGCUGUUAGCGCACUGUGGAGAGCGUUAGAAAAGGAUACGUUUGAUAAACAACCUUUGGCUCAAGUAGCAACAUGGUGUAUUGGUGAAUAUGGUGAUUUGUUAUUGUAUGGACCGCCGUCAGAAGAUAUAGAUGCACCUAUUAAUUUAACGGAAGAUGAAGUUAUUGAUGUCUAUCAAAGGUUAUUAUGGAGUCCACAAAAUACAGUUGUCACGAAACAAUAUACGUUAUUGUCUCUCACUAAACUCAGCACAAGAUUUCAAAAGGGUAAUGAAAAAAUUCGUCAAAUAAUUGAUACGUUUGGCAGUAAUUUACAUAUUGAACUACAACAGCGAGGUAUUGAAUUCUCACAGUUGUUUAGAAAAUACGAUCAUUUACGACCCGCAUUGCUUGAAAGAAUGCCUCCUAUGGAAACUGCAAGGCCACAAGCUAAUGGCAUCAUUGGAAUGGUGAAUGGUGAACCAGAACCAGAAGAAGAAAAAUCAACAGUUUUAGAAGCCAGCACUCCACCAUCUGAUUCAAGUGCACUUUUAGAUUUGCUUGGGACUUCUGACUUAGGAAUGACUCCUUCAGCGUCGAGUAAAAAUCCACCUGCUAAUUCAACAGCUGUAGUGAACAAUAACGAUUUGUUGGACUUACUUGGUAGUUUGGAUUUAAAUGCACCUACACCCACAUCUACACUGCCACAGACACAAACGACAUCACAAGUUUUUAACCCUGCUAACACAACUAACUUCCUAGUGGAUGGUUUACUUAAUUCAUCACAAUCUGUUCAAAAUGAUGCACCUGUUAUGGUUGUAUUGGAUAAAGCAGGACUUAAAAUAACCUUCAGAUUGGAAAGAUCAGCAGAUGUUAACGAUUUAUUGGUUAUAAAUAUGUUAGCUCAAAAUUCUGGAAGUGCUAUAUUAACUGAUUUCCUGUUUCAAGCAGCAGUUCCUAAGACAUUCCAGCUACAAAUGUUGUCUCCAUCGAGCACUGUCAUUCCUCCUUCUGGGCAAGUUACUCAAGUAUUAAAAGUUACAAACAUUAACAAAGUACCUUUACGAAUGAGAUUACGUAUAUCUUAUACUGGACCAGCUGGACCAGUUCUGGAACAAACAGAAGUGAAUAAUUUUCCUCAUGUAACAUCACAGUGACAAGAUAUAUUAAAAAAAACAAUUGUACAUAUGCCUGUUUAAAUAAGUAAUCGUGUCUUGAAUAGACUGACACUCAAUUUCAUCUUCUCAUUGGGUAAAGUGACACAUAUUGGUAAAAGGAUAUAUUUGAAAAAGGAAAACAAUUUCGUAAUCGAUUCAAUUUAUUAUUUAUCGAACGUCAUAUGAACUUGAUAAGAUUCAAAUUUGUAAUCAAUUUUUUGUUAAUAAGCACAAAGCAACGGUUUCCAUCUGCUCACAAGCCACAUUUUAUUGUUGUAAAAAUUCGAACAUUCAGUAACUGAAUUUAUACGUGCAAUGUUUGUAAAUACAUCAUAUGUAAAAAAUAUACUAAAGUUUUCAUUUUAUACGAUUAAAGAAUAAUAACAUAAUAAGCUAUUUUAUAAAGCUGUUUAAAAAAUUAAAUAAAUAGGUUCAUUCACUUACUCAACAGAUAGUAAAAUUACAUUCUUAAUUGAUUUAAAUUAGCGCUUAUUGAGCAGAUGGUAUGAUUCUAAUUUUAAAAUCUUGCAAAAGUAGUAAAGCUUAUUAGUACAAAAUUAUUAAAUUUCAAAAAAAAAAGCAAGAAAAAACAAAAAAAAAA